AUGCAGUUCUCCAAGUCCCUUCUCAUUGCCACAACGGCUCUUCUUUCUACCGCUGUCGCAGACAGUAUUUUUGCCAUCACAGGCACAGGCACUCUCUCCUCCACCUCCACAGAAGUCAAACUCCAAGUCCAGAACGGAAACGUAGGAGACGCACCUAAAUGCUCAGGAGGCUUGACCGGCAGAGCUGGGCUGCCAUUGAGCGGAAACAUCUUCUGUGCUGAUGGAUAUAGCUUGAGCUUCACAUGGUCAGACGCUGCUCAAGGUAUCGCUGCUACAUAUGCGACACCUACCUCACCAGCUUUCACUUAUAAUGUGCCCAAUCUGGGGUGCGAUGCUAGUGAUCCUAAGACUUGCAAUUUUGGGUUCACGAAUAUCUUUCCAAGCAAGAAGAUGGCGAGACGGAGUUUCCAGGCAUAG